AUGGGAGAUGAGAGAUACCGAUGUAAGCAUUUGGUACUUGUAGCAAGUCCAUUUCAAGGUCAUAUGACUCCUAUGCUUCAACUAGGCAGUGUUCUUCAUGCCAAAGGCUUCUCAAUCACCAUAGUUCACACCAAAUUAAACUCACCUGAUCCUUCAAACCAUCCGGAAUUCGAGUUUCUUCCUCUUUUUGACAACUUUGUAGCCAUUGAUGCAUCUACCAACUUCACAAAGUUUGUUGAAGUUCUUAACGAGAACUGCAAAUUGCAGCUACAACAAAGGAUUCAGGAAGCUAACCAUAAGAAGAUUACAAUUAUUUAUGAUAAUACCAUGUAUUCUGGAGAAGAAGUUGCUAGGAAUUUGAAUGUUCCGAGCAUCGUUUUACGAAGUUGUAGUGCUUCGUAUAUGCCGGCUUUCCUUGCUCUUCCUAAACUUCAUUCAGAAGGACAACUUCCUAUACAAGAUUCUAUGCUGCAGAAGCUUCUUAUACCGGAUCUCUAUCCUCUUAGGUACAAAGAUCUACCAUUCAACAAUACAUCUACACAAGAAAUUACAGAAAUGCUUGCACUUACAAAUCCUAUUAGAAACCCAUCAGCCAUUAUUUGGAACACCAUGGAGUUUCUUGAGAAUUCAGCACUAACAAAACUCCAGCAGUAUUACAAGAUUCCAAUCUUUGCCAUCGGCCCACUGAACGAAACGGCUCGAUGUCCAACUACGAGCUUUCUUAAUGAAGACACCAGUUGCAUUUCAUGGCUCGAUAAGCAAGCGCCGAGAUCAGUAGUUUAUGUGAGUUUAGGGAGUUUAGCGACCAUGGACAAAAAGGAGCUAACUGAGGCUGCAUGGGGGUUAGCCAACAGUAAACAACCGUUCCUAUGGGUGGUCCGGCCGGGUUCGGUCAAUGGGUCUGAGUGGAUUGAGUUUUUGCCAGAUGGUUUUGCUGAAGAAGUUGAGGGAAGAGGUCUUGUGCUAAAAUGGGUGCCACAAAAACAAGUUUUGGCACAUUUUGCUGUGGGAGGCUUUUGGAGUCAUUGUGGCUGGAACUCAAGUUUGGAGAGUAUUUCUCAAGGGGUUCCUAUGAUAUGCUGGCCAUUUUUGGGGGACCAAUACGUAAAUUCAAGGUAUUUAACUUACGUUUGGCUGGUGGGCCUGGAAUUGGAACACUUGGAGAGAAGGGUGAUUGCGACUGCAAUUAGAAGACUCAUGGUGGAUGAUGAAGGAAAAGAGAUGAGGAAAAGAGCAAAUGAUAUGAAAGAAAAGGCUAAAAAUUCUUUAUGCAAUGGAGGAUCUUCGUUCAAUUCGUUGAAUAACUUAGUAGAAUUUAUCUUGGCAGAUUAUAACUGCAACUAGUAAUCAAACUCGAUUUUUAGAAACUCUAAGCUAGAAGAGAUAUAUGUAUCAGAAAAUUUUCUUGGUAAUUUAUGCAUGUUCUUUA